GAGAAGAAGUGGGGGUCGAUUAAUUCCACGCAAUACGAUAAGAGGAUCCUCUCAAUAAUGGAGCAGUUCUUCCGUAACCACCCACUUAGCCGGUAUAAAUUCUGGCAAGACAAUACUUCUUCCCACCGCUCGUACGAGACGAAGCUAAACCUGCUCCUUCGCUAUAUCCCUAUAAUUCAAGCUCCUCGGUACUUACCGGACUUGAAUCUCAUUAAAUAUAUGUGGAAUUGGAUUGAGGAGCACUACUGGUACGUAUGA